ACACUUGAGCUGGAUACAAACUAGAGCUGACUGAGAGGCUCCGUCAGUGCUCAUCUCAUCAGAGGACCAGACACAUUUGAUUUCACUGUCUAGGCUGUAGGACAAUCAGUCACUCAGGAUGACGCACCAGACCCCAACACUCUCCGAGGCGCAGAAGAGGGAGCUACAUGAGACCGCUCUACGCAUAGUUUCUCUAGGGAAGGGCAUCCUGGCUGCAGACGAGUCUGUGGGCAGCAUGGCUAAGCGGCUGGCCCAGGUCGGAGUGGAGAACACGGAGGAGAACCGCAGACAGUACAGGCAGAUUCUCUUCAGUGCUGACGAUCGCAUCAACAGCUGCAUUGGAGGGGUCAUUUUCUUUCAUGAGACGCUGUACCAGCACUCUGAUAACGGCGUACCCUUUGUCAAAAUGAUCAGGGACAGAGGCAUCCUGGUCGGCAUCAAGGUUGACAAGGGUGUUGUUCCCCUGGCAGGAACAUCUGGAGAAACCACCACACAGGGCCUGGAUGGACUGUCAGAGCGCUGCGCGCAGUAUAAAAAGGAUGGAGCCGUCUUUGCAAAGUGGCGUUGCGUGCUCAAAAUCAGUGACACCAAUCCAUCUAAACUGGCUAUCACAGAGAAUGCAAAUGUUCUUGCACGCUACUCCAGCAUCUGCCAGCAGCAUGGCAUCGUGCCCAUCAUAGAGCCAGAGAUUUUGCCUGAUGGAGAUCAUGACCUGAAACGUGGCCAGUACAUCACUGAGAAGGUCCUGGCUGCAGUGUACAAGGCCAUGUCGGACCACCACGUGUAUCUGGAAGGCACUCUUCUCAAACCCAACAUGGUCACUGCUGGACACAGCUGCCCCACCAAGUACAGCCCUGAGCAGGUUGCUAUGGCAACGGUCACCACCUUACGUCGUACUGUUCCCCCUGCGGUCACAGGAGUGGCUUUUCUCUCAGGCGGUCAGAGUGAAGAGGAGGCCUCCGUCCACCUCAACGCCAUCAACAACUGCCCUCUGGCCAAACCCUGGAUCCUAACGUUCUCCUUUGGCCGAGCCCUGCAGGCGUCUGCACUCAGAGCCUGGAGAGGACAUAAAGAGAACGAGAAAACCGCCACUGAGCAGUUCAUCAAGAGAGCAGAGGCGAACAGUCUGGCAUGUCAGGGGAAGUACACUGGUGGAGAUAACUAUGGCGAGGUUGGCCAGCGCAGCUAUGGUUCCUGUCAUGCAUACUAA